CUCUCGUUGUUCUUUUCAUUUCAUUUUUCAUAUUCAUCAUCGUCUCGUCGUGCAUUGAUCAAUAGUCCCACCGAAAUACAUAAUUUAAAAAAAAUUUAAUUAUUUAAAUCGAAGAGUAAGUUUGUUUGCAUUGCGCAUAAGUACGUACAACCGAAAGAUUUGUUCGAUAUCCCUUUGUAUUGCUAAGAAAAAGAAUGCCACCGAUAAAAUUAAAGAGCAUGAUUUGAAAUUAUUUCACCAAAGCGACGUGCAAGAUUUGCAACAAAAAUCUAAAAACUUAAGGCAACACCACAAAUCUUCGCUGUCAUUUGGAGAAAGUUCGUUCCCAGCAAUACCAAGAUGAGGUACAGACACCGAGCAAGAAGGUAAGAAGUGCAAGUGAGAUUUCAAAUUAUUAAGAAGUAGAUGCUGCAUUCACACAUCCAAAUGCAAGUGGAUCUAAAACCAUUGACAUUGCUUCUGUUAUCACUGCAGUUGGUGGUCCUUCAUAUAGUUCGGCUUCCCAUAAAGAAAACGUUGUUGCUGUUGCUGUUCCUCUCCUGUUGCUGUUGUUGCUGGUUCAUUUUCGGGAAUAUAAAAAGCAUAACCACGCCGGAUGGAGCUAAAUCCAGGAAAAUAUCUGAGGCCAUAGCAAAUUUUAUUGUCAUGGACAACAAAUUUGAGAACAUGAUGACUACCUAUAAACGAAUCAAGAAGAGAAACAAGGAAUCAGGGCGUGAAGCAACAACGUGGGAUUACUUCGAAAUAUUUGAUCAAGCGUAUGGAGGAAGACACAGCGUGUCUCCGCCACAACAACUACUGUGUUCUACAACAGCAUUUCCAACGGAGAGCAAUACGUUGUCAUCUGUUGUAGAAGAAGCAGAAUUGGAUGGCGAAAUCAUUUCUGAAACCCCAACGAAGCGCAAACGCAAAAAUGAAGACGAACUUCUUGCGUUUUUGAAGAAGGAAUCAGACAAAGACGAUUUAAAGCACCAAGAGCUCGUUACCAUCGAGAGAGAAAAAAUUGAAAUCGAUAAACGCCGGUUGGAGCUUAUAAAAAGUCUCCAGAAAUCUUUAAUGAAUCUUUCUAAUUGA